GACAAUGAUUCUGUUCCUCCUUUCUUUUUCCUGGUCAACAAGGCCAUCGUAAAGAGCACAGGAAAAAGAGCGCACCUAAAUCAUCAGUCCUCCGACUCGACUUCUCUCCCUCCUUUUUGACCCCCGUCUCUGUCUGUCUCUCUCUCUCUCUCUCUGUGGGGGCGGAUCCAGUUGUUCCCUCCUCUCUCUGUAUAUAGCCCACCAUCUUGAAUGAUCAAUCAGCCUUGCCCUGUUCUUUUCUAGAGGCAACGACGUUGGAGGAAAUGUCUCGCGUCUCGCCACGGGCGAGGGCUUGAAGGUGUGAGAAGAAGGAAGUCGAGACAGAGUGCCCUAAGGACAUGGCUCAGCAGAGAGAGGGAUGGCCCCUGGGGUUGCAGCCGGUGAACGUGAGGGUCGGGUUGGGGAGGAACGGCAGGGAGAACUCGACCGGUUCCAUAUCUUUCAACACUCUGCUCACCGGCUCUCCCACUUCUUCCACAGACUCUUCAUCAGAUUUAGACACCGAGUCCACGGGAUCGUUCUUCCACGAUAGGAGCAUCACCCUCGGGAGCCUGAUAGGCGCUUCGACCAUGUUGGAGCUCUCUCGGAGAUCGACGAGGAUCCGAAAACCAGAGGCCGUCAAGAACAAGAAAAGCUCCAGGCCCAGAAUCUGGUUCUUCUCCCUCUGCUCGGGGGUGAGUACCGACGUGGAGAACAUGGACAAUGCCGCCACCGCCGCCGCUCAGUCGCUCGGCCAUUUCCUCGCGGUGGAGAGGAAAGCCGCCGACGAAUGCAGGAGGACCGGCGGCCAGAGCCCGAUCAUGUACGGGCCCGACGAGAUCGUCAUAGCGCAGCGCGAGAGCGGGGCGUCGAACUCGCUGUUCGUCGACGGCCGCGUCGCCCCGCCUAGACCGGCAAGCCCGGGAGCGGAGGAGGGCGAUGGGUAUGGAGUGUCCCUGAUUCUUUGCUGUGCGUGCGGGAACGGCUCUCGCUGAAGGGUCUCUUGACCUUGGUGAAUGGAAUUUGUCCGGGGGGAUCUUUUUCUAUGCCGCUAGGCCUUGUUGAUAGUUUUUUUUUAACUUCUCUUGCUUUUCACUUUUACUGUUCUUUUUCCCCCACCAACGCACCGAAAGUAGAAACAGACCAGAAUUGCUCGUGAGAGCUUAUGAAGAUUCACUUUGUUUCGAUCCUUGUAGAGUGAGAAAAAAAAUGGGGAAAUUUUAUGAUGCGUUCGAAGGUAAAUGGCCCCGCCGGCUUUGCA